AUCAGCUGACAGACAAAAUUACAACAGAAAUUUGUUUUUUUUUUGCACACUCAAGUGGUUGAAAAUAGAUUUUAUUUUGCCGAAAAUCCAAUUAAAAAAAAUUUAAUAAAAGAAAAAUCUUAAACUAAAAACCCUCCAUAACUUCCAGUAAUUAAUCAACAAUAAAAAUAAAAAUGCAAAAAUAUGAAAAGUUAGAAAAAAUCGGUGAAGGCACCUACGGAACAGUCUUCAAAGGACGAAAUCGUGAAACUAUGGAAAUUGUCGCUCUGAAGCGAGUUCGAUUAGAUGAAGACGACGAAGGUGUUCCAAGUUCAGCUUUGCGUGAAAUUUGUCUCCUUAAAGAAUUAAAGCACAAAAAUAUUGUCCGUCUUUACGAUGUCCUCCAUUCUGACAGAAAAUUAACUCUAGUCUUCGAGCAUUGCGACCAGGAUCUGAAGAAAUACUUUGAUAGUUUGAAUGGAGACAUCGACAUGUCAGUUUGUCGGAGUUUUAUGUUACAACUGUUGCGUGGUUUGGCAUUCUGUCAUAGCCACAAUGUCCUGCAUCGUGAUUUGAAGCCACAGAAUUUAUUAAUCAAUAAAAAUGGCGAACUUAAAUUGGCUGAUUUUGGUCUUGCGCGAGCUUUUGGUAUUCCAGUAAAAUGUUACUCAGCCGAGGUUGUGACUUUGUGGUAUCGUCCACCAGAUGUUCUAUUCGGAGCAAAGCUCUACACCACCAGCAUUGAUAUGUGGUCAGCGGGUUGUAUAUUUGCUGAGCUUGCCGAUGCUGGACGUCCACUCUUCCCAGGUUCGGAUGUUCUUGAUCAAUUGUUGCGUAUAUUCCGAGUGUUGGGUACACCAACAGAAGAAUCUUGGCCAGGAGUUACGCAUCUAUCCGAUUACGUAUCGCUGCCAUCAUUUCCUCCAAUAACUUCAUGGAGUCAAAUUGUUCCCCGACUGAAUUCCAAAGGACGUGAUCUGCUGCAAAAACUACUCAUUUGUCGUCCCAAUCAGAGAAUAAGUGCCGAACAGGCGAUGCAGCAUCCAUAUUUUACAGAAAGUUCAACUAGUCACUCUUAACUUAACGCUUUGAUACCUUCUUCU